AUGGCCAAUGCGAAGCAAUGGGAUAUAGAAGUUGUUAGAGAUCUUUUUGAUGCGGAGGACAUGGAAAAAAUUCUCAAAGUUCCGUUGUUGGAAGAAGUUAAGAAGGACAGAUUGAUUUGGAAGGAAGAGCAGGAUGGUAUCUAUAGUGUGAUAACUGGCUACAAACUUUGGUAUCAAGCUGUUAGAAGAAGUAAGGAGAUGGGAGGGUCGGAGGAUUGGGGCAGUAUUUGGAAUAUCAAGGCACCACCGAGAGACAUUAAGUCUCUUAUUCUUGCUAUCUGCUCGAAGGAAGAAAAAGAAGUAUCAGGCAGAUUUGCGGUUAUGAUAGAUGUUAUUUGGAAGAACAAGAAUGACUAUGUCUGGCAUAAUGAGAAAGAAGAAGCGACAAUUUUGGGAGUAAGAGCGACUCAUAUAUGGAAUGACUGGUUUCAAGCUCAAGAAGAUUCAACAAACAACGUUCGGUCUCAUCAUGCUUUAGUUUGGAGUGCUCCUUCUGUGGGUUGGCUUAAAUGUAAUGUGGAUGCGGCUUUUAAUAACAAUAACGGCACUACUAACAGGGGGUGGUGUGUGCGUAACCACCUUGGCAAUUUUAUCUAUGCAGGUACUUCAUGGGAUCCAUGA